AUGGCUCCUGCCCUCGCGUCCGAUCCAGUCUCGCAGGCUGAUACACCCAUGACUGAUACAAACGACGACAUGGUGCCUUCGGUGCCCGUCGAUAGUGCCGACGCGCAAGUGACGAGCCAUCAAGACACUCCGGAUUACACGGAUUCCGAUACAAAUCCCAACACCACUGCAAGCAGCGUUGCGGGCGACGCGGCCGAUGGACGUAGGCGCAGAUCUGAGGCCAACAACUUGAGGAAAUCCAUUCUUGGCAAGAAGCAUGGGCGUCUAGAUGACACCAAGGAGGAUGAUUCGAUUCGCCGGUUCCGGUACCUCCUGGGUCUCACUGACCUAUUCCGCCACUUUAUCGAGACCAACCCCAACCCCAGAAUCAAGGAGAUCAUGGCGGAGAUCGACCGCCAAAAUGCGGAAAACGAGGAGAAGGCCCGGAAGGGCUCCAAGCGCAGUGGGGGUGCUGGUGGCGAGCGACGCCGCAGAACCGAACAGGAAGAGGAUGCAGAGCUGCUACAAGAUGAGAAGCAUGGCGGCGAGACUACCACCAUCUUCCGAGAGUCUCCAGCAUUCAUCCAUGGCGAGCUACGUGAUUACCAGGUUGCAGGCCUGAACUGGCUUGUUUCGCUACAUGAGAACGGUAUCUCCGGUAUUCUGGCCGAUGAGAUGGGUCUCGGAAAGACCCUGCAGACGAUCUCAUUCCUGGGCUAUCUUCGUUUUGUCUGUGAUAUCAAUGGACCUCAUCUCGUCGUUGUGCCGAAGUCAACCCUGGACAACUGGAAGAGAGAGUUCGCAAAGUGGAUUCCCGAUGUUGAUGUCCUGGUGCUCCAAGGUAACAAAGAAGAGCGCCAGCAGCUCAUCAACGACCGUUUGGUUACCGAAAAGUUCGACGUUUGCGUCACCAGUUAUGAAAUGAUUCUCCGCGAGAAGUCACACCUGAAGAAGUUCGCCUGGGAAUACAUUAUCAUUGACGAGGCCCAUCGGAUUAAAAACGAAGAAUCCUCUUUGUCGCAAAUUAUCCGUCUCUUUAACUCCCGCAACCGGUUGCUGAUCACUGGUACUCCACUGCAGAACAAUUUGCAUGAACUGUGGGCUUUGCUCAAUUUCCUUUUGCCAGAUGUCUUCGGCGAUUCGGAGGCAUUCGACCAGUGGUUCUCGAACCAGGAGUCGGACCAAGACACUGUGGUACAGCAGCUCCACCGCGUUCUCCGUCCUUUCUUGCUCCGACGUGUCAAGAGUGAUGUCGAGAAGAGCCUGCUUCCGAAGAAGGAACUCAAUCUCUACGUUCCUAUGUCUGAAAUGCAAAGGAGGUGGUACCAGAAGAUUCUGGAGAAGGACAUUGACGCCGUCAAUGGCGCCGCCGGGAAGCGCGAGUCCAAGACGCGACUGCUCAACAUCGUUAUGCAACUGCGGAAAUGUUGCAACCAUCCCUACUUGUUCGAAGGCGCUGAACCGGGUCCCCCGUACACCACCGACGAGCACCUUAUCUUCAACUCUGGCAAGAUGGCCAUUUUGGACAAACUGCUGAAGCGCAUGCGAGCGGAUGGUAGUCGUGUGCUCAUCUUUUCCCAGAUGAGUCGUGUACUCGACAUAUUGGAAGAUUACUGUGUCUUCCGGGACUACAAUUACUGCCGUAUCGAUGGUACCACCGCACACGAGGAGCGUAUUGCUGCCAUUGACGACUACAACAAACCCGGAUCCGACAAGUUUGUUUUCCUUCUCACGACCCGAGCGGGUGGUCUAGGCAUUAACUUGACGACUGCCGAUAUCGUUGUUCUCUUCGACAGCGACUGGAACCCCCAGGCUGACUUGCAGGCCAUGGACCGUGCUCAUCGCAUUGGUCAGACUAAGCAGGUUAAAGUUUUCCGAUUUGUCACGGAGAAUGCCAUUGAGGAGAAGGUUCUCGAGCGUGCAGCCCAAAAACUGCGUUUGGACCAGCUUGUCAUUCAGCAAGGCCGUGCUGGACAACAUGCCGGCAAAUCAUCCUCCAAAGAUGAGUUGCUUGGCAUGAUCCAACACGGUGCUGCUAGCGUCUUCAACCAGAAGGAAGCUGGCAACGCCGCUGAGGCCCUCGAAGAGGAGGACAUUGAUACUAUUUUGCGCAAGGGUGAAACACGAACUGCAGAGCUUAGCAAGAAGUAUGAGGCCCUCGGAAUUGAUGACUUGCAGAAGUUCUCUUCUGAGAGUGCCUAUGAGUGGAAUGGCAAGGAUUUCACCGAGCGCAAAAAAGAUAUCGGUAUCAGCUGGAUCAACCCUGCCAAGCGUGAACGCAAAGAACAGGCAUACUCCAUCGACGGCUACUACCGCCAGGCCUUGGCCACUGGAGGCCGAACUGCCGACACGAAACCCAAGGUCCCGCGUGCUCCGAAACAAAUCACUGUCCAUGACUGGCAGUUCUUCCCACCUGGGCUGCAUGAGCUGCAAGAGAAAGAAACAGCCUAUUUCCACAAGGAAAUUGGGUAUAAGGCUCAAUUGCCCGAAGGUCCCGAAGAUGAGCUCAGCGAGAGAGAGGCUGAGCGGGAUCUUGAGCAACAUAUGAUCGACAAUGCUGUCCCACUUACUGAGGAGGAGCAAGCGGAGAAAGCCCGCAUGUCCGAGGAGGGUUUCGCCACCUGGAAUCGACGUGAUUUCCAGCAAUUUGUCAAUGGAUCUGCAAAGUAUGGUCGUACAGACUACAAGAACAUCGCCAGAGAAGUGGACAGCAAGGAGCCCGACGAGAUCAAGGAAUAUGCCGAAGUGUUCUGGCGCCGUUACACAGAGAUCCAAGACUAUCCCAAGUACCUUCGAGUCAUCGAACAAGGAGAGGAGAAGGUGCGGAAGAUCGACCACCAGCGGAAGAUGCUCCGCAAGAAGCUGGAGAUGUACCGUGUGCCGCUUCAACAGCUCAAGAUCAACUACACCGUGUCCACCACCAACAAGAAGGUUUACACCGAGGACGAGGACCGCUUUUUGUUGAUCAUGCUGGACAAGUAUGGAGUCGAGGGUGAGGAUCUGUAUGAAAACAUCCGUGAAGAGAUCCGUGACUCGCCUCUGUUCCGUUUCGAUUUCUUCAUGCUCAGUCGCACGCCCGUGGAAAUCGGUCGUCGUUGCACCACUUUGCUGAACACCGUGGCAAAGGAGUUUGAGCCCAAUGGUGAGGGCAAAGGACGCGGUCGUGACCGCGAGGAGGAGGAAGAUGUCGAGGAUGCGCCGCCUGCAAAGAAGAAGGCUAAGAACGGAGCUGCUCCGGCCAAACAGGCUAAGACCGCCAAGGGUGGCAGCAAGAAUGCCUCUGCUGCAAGCUCCCGAGCCCCCAGCGCUGCAGCGACCAAGUCCAAGUCCCGCAAGAGGUAA